AUGUCAUCCUUUUUGAUAAGUUAUAUCAUUUCCAAUUAGAGUAAUUAACCAAUCUCAGAAAUCCUUUGUUAUAUACUCUAAUAUUUAAUCAGUAAAUACUCAAAUACUUCGUUUAAUCAUCUGUUGGGAUCAGAAAAGCUUAAAAUCUAAAAAAACAAUUUUAUAAUUAAACGACACUCAAACCAUUUAGAUCCAAAUAAUAUUGAUAUCAUUUAAGUUCUUCCAUUUCUCAAUGAAUUAAGGUAUCACUAAAAAGUUUAUAAAAAUAUAAAUGAGUAUUUUAUAUCAUCAUAAUAUGUUAUUAUUUCAAAUCAUAGAUGUGCCUUGAUUAGACCUGACUACCAGAGUUAAAUAGAUCAGAAGGGUUUAAGAUCAAAUAUCUUUCAUAUCUAAGUAAAUGGAUAGAUCUAUUAUAGAGAUAUAAGUCAUCUUAUUAAGCAAAAGAGAGAUAUUCCCUAAUAAUAUUGA